AUGGCAACUCCAGAGGCCAUCUUUAUUGGUGCUAACCGGCAAACUCAAGUUAGUGAUUUCAACAAGAAGAGAAAAAUUGUUGCUUUUGGCGCUGGAAAGACCAUUGCACUAUGGAGACCACUGGAUCCUACCAAUCGUGGAGUGUUCGCGACUCUUAAGGGUCACAAGUCUGAGGUAACAUGUAUUAGAUUCUUCCAGGAAGCAGAUAUGAUGGUUUCUACCUCGGAAGAUUUCCAAGUGAGAAUUUGGAAAUUUGUGGAUGAAGAAAUGCUAGAGUGCGUUCAAACAAUCGAAUAUCACAAGCAUUCAAUUACUUCUCUGGCUGUUCUGGAGCAAGAUCUUUUCGUUAUUGGUUGUGCAGAUGGUUCUGUUUCUCUUUGGUCUUUCAAAGAAUCCGAAUUUCAUUGCACUCACGAAUUUUACAUUCAGAAAGGCGUUCUUCCUCUAACGCUAUCUUUAAUUCCUCUUCUAUCCCAAGGAUACAUGCUCGCCAUAGGUGGGACUAAUAAAGACGUUUUUAUUUACAGCUUCACUGUAAGCGAAGGUUGCUCUAAGGAUUUUACGCUAGCCGCCAAGUUAGAAGGACAUGAAGACUGGAUCAAGUCUUUAGAUUUUUUCGAAGAGUUUCCAGGUGAUAUAAUGCUUGCUUCAGGCUCCCAGGAUAGAUACAUUCGUCUCUGGAGAAUCAGAACAAAUAAUCUAAUUGAUAAUUCUGAUGAGGACGAUUCUAAACUAAAGCUUUUGAGUAAUAAGCAGUACAAAUUCAAUGUCACUCCAGAAUUAAAGGUAGCAAUCAAUUUCGAAGCUCUUAUUAUCGGUCAUGAUGACUGGAUAUCGUCUUUGAAGUGGCAUGAGAGCAAACGUCAGCUACUUGCCUCUACCGCUGACACUGCUGUCAUGAUUUGGGAGCAAGAUGAGAUCUCGGGGGUUUGGGUUUGUGCAUCAAGGCUGGGUGAACUCUCCUCUAAGGGUGCUUCGACAGCAACAGGCUCUUCUGGUGGUUUCUGGUCUUGCCUGUGGUUUUCCGAUAGCGAUUCAGACUUUAUUCUAACUAACGGUAAAACGGGCUCGUGGAGAAUGUGGACCUCGAGUUGCUCUGGAAUUUGGGAACAGGCGCUAGCUGUGACAGGAUUCGGUAAAAGUGUCACUGAUAUUGCAUGGGCUCCCAACGGUGAAUACCUCCUAGCCACAUCGCUGGAUCAGACCACUCGGCUUUUCUCUCAAUGGAAAAAUGGAAAUGGGAAAAAGAGAGAGUUGUCGAACUGGUUCGAAUUCUCAAGACCUCAGAUUCAUGGCUAUGACAUGAUCUGCGUUGAGCCUAUUACUAAUACAAGAUUCAUUAGUGGCGGUGACGAGAAAAUCUUACGAUCCUUUGAUGAGCCCAAGGGUGUUGCUCAAUUAUUGAAUAAGUUUGCCAAUAUCCAGUUAGAGAAUGAAUCUGAGAUGCCGGAGUCUGCUUCUUUGCCAGCACUUGGUUUAUCGAGUAAAGCCACUAAUCGAGAAGAUAUCGACGAAGAAGAAGAUCCGGAUGCUAGAGAGACAGAUGACGUGAACAACAUUUCAUUUGACGUCGUCUCAUCUUUACAAACUCCACCUCUGGAAGAUGAACUGCAAAGACACACACUUUGGCCUGAAAUUGAAAAGCUAUAUGGACACGGUUAUGAGAUUUCGUGCUUAGACGUCAGUCCUGAUAAAAAGUUGGUUGCCUCUGCAUGCAAAUCUAACAAUUUACAGCAUGCUGUAAUCAGAAUCACAGAUACUGAUACGUGGUUGCAGCUUAAACCAACGCCAACAUUUCACAAUUUAACAAUAACAAGAUUAAGAUUUUCUAAAGAUAACACCUAUCUACUGAGUGUGAGUAGGGAUAGGCAAUGGGCUGUUUGGAAAAGGAAUACGAACGACAACAGUUUUGACCUCGCAUAUAAGAACGUCAAAGCACACACGAGAAUUAUCUGGGAUGCUGAUUGGGCACCUUUGGAAUUUGGACAAGUAUUUGUUACUUCUUCUCGUGACAGAACAAUCAAGACAUGGAGAUUUUCUGAAGAAAAAAACGACUUCAUACUGGAAAGCUCUGUGAAAGUAACCGAACCUGUCACUUCCCUAGCUGUUCAUGACAAGGCUUUCAAUGGUAAAAUGGUGAUUGCUGCUGGUCUGGAAAGCGGUGCAAUAAUGAUAUACUCUUAUGACAGUUCGUUUGCCAAAAUUCAUGAACUUUCAGCUAAAAUCACACCUGCAGAUAAAAUAAACAGGCUUAGAUGGAGCCGGCUUGUAAAAAACGGAAACCUCCUGUUAGGAGUCGCCAGCUCGGAUCAUUCCGCCCGUAUUUAUUCCAUAGCAAACUGUUUUUCGGACAGUUGCUAA